UAGAAGUUGGGUUUGGCUAUUCUUUUCAAAAAAAUUUCAUAAGAAUUUGCGGCUAAAGAUCCGCAAGUUUUAUCCGCAAAUAUUUAUUUUGACUUUAAAAGUGUAUAAAAAAAUUUCUUUUAAGAUUGUGGCUCAAUAUUUAUUUGGGAAAGAAAAACUGAAAAAGUUGUUAAAGUUUUAAAGGGAGAUAAUUUUACCGUUAAUUGUGUUCAACCACAUCCUGAUAGAUGUUUAAUUGCUAGUUCUGGAAUUGAUAAAGUUGUUCGUUUUUGGGAGCCUUCAACGACCUCAUUAAAGAAAACAACAGAAAAAGACCAAAUAGAAGAAACCGAAGACCGUGACAUUUCAAAAAAUAAAUAUGAUUUAAUGAAGAAAAAUAGAAGGAGAAGAACACCAGAAAUGAUAUGGGAGCAAUUAAUAAAUUCUGUUGGAAUGGGAAUAUUUAAUGUUGAUGAAAAUAAUCAAAGUGAUGAUGACGAAAAUGUAAAUAAUAAUCAACAACAAGUGAUACAUUGUAGACAAAUGUGA